CAAAUUCUAUUUCUAUUUAUAUAUUCAAUUAUGAAAUACUAAUCCAACAAAAAAAAUAUAAGAAAAAGUAAAAACAUAUGAAAGUUUGAAACAAUGUAUUUGAUGGAGAACAAGUAUACUCUAAUAUUAUUAUAUUUGAACAACUUUAAUAUACUCGAUAAUAUAAAUGUAUGAAGCUAAAAAUUUGAUUUCUUAAUAACUUGUGAAUGUUUGAAACAACGAAUUCAAUUAAAAAAAUAUGGUAAAAUUAUUAUAUUUUAAAAAGUGAUUGACACACCUCAUAUAUAUUAUAACAUAUACCAAUUAAGAAUUAAAAAUAAAAUAUUUAUAUAAAAAUAAAUGAAAACAAACAUCCGCGCGGUUGCACGGGUUGAGAUCUAGUAUUCAUUAAAUUUGGUUUAAAAAGGGUCCUAAAAUAUUUUACAUGUAUAUAAUUUGUUUUCAUCAAAUUUUUUAUAACAUGUUAAUGAUAAAAAAUUCUACAUAAGAAUAACAACACUAUUCUACAUUUUAAUUUUACAUAAACAUGAACAUUAAAAACCUAAUUUUUCUUUUGCCUAUGGGUUCAAAAAAAUGUUGAGCCGGCCUAACAAGGUUUUUACUCUCUCAAAAGUUUUCUAGAAUAAUAUCAUUCUAACAACAUUCACUUUAAGAAUAACAACACUAUUCAUUUUAAAAAACAUACUACUACUAUAUUAUUCAACAUAUUUAAAUUUCAUUGGGAUUAUUUGCUAGUUCAUGUAAAAUUUUCAGUACAUAAAAGGCAAAGGUAUAUUAGAGCACUCAUGAUUUAUAUAAUAAGAAGAAAAACAAAAUGGUGCAACCCACGUCCUAUUCAGGAAAGGUGGUUUUGUUUAUUACUCUCACCAAAACAUGAACUCCAUUACAACCCACAAUCAAAACCCCUCUUUAUUAAAUCACAAUCAACAAUCACUUUUUCAUCCACAUCCAAAACAGAAGAAAUGGUGUUGGGUCUUCGAACAAAGAGCCGUAGAGACAAUGGAGUUUUCGUUGAGUAUCUAAUCUCAAUCAAAGAGCUAAAGCCAUGGCCAACGAGCCAAGUCCCUGUACAAUGCGUCCUCCUAAAAUGGCAGAACGGCGAAAACAGCUCAGGCUCAUUUAUCGCGGUCGUGGGCAAAGACACGAUCAUGUUCAACGAGUCCUUUAGGCUAACCUUAACGCUAGAACCCAAAGGUGUGGAUGACAAGAAGUUCCAUAAGAAUCUUCUUGAGCUUCAUGUCUACGACGCCAAGAAGAAAGACAAGGGCGUCAAGAACAAGCUUCUUGGCUCGGCCGUGGUCAACCUAGCUGAUUACGGCGUGUUGACCAACUCCGUUCCCGUGGGAGCUCCGUUUACUUUCAAGAAGAGCUCGAGGAACGAUGCGAACUCUGAGAUUUACCUAACCAUUGAGCCGGCCGGAGAUGAUGAUGGUUAUAGGAGUAGCAGUUCAUCGCAGCCGAAAAUGAGAGGAUCUGUUGAUAAAGAAGGUAGUGAGUUUAGUUUGGCGUCGUUGACGGAUGACGACGAUGAUUCUUCGUCGCAGUGUUCGUCUUCACGGAGGGUUUCUUUCUCAGCUACGUGUGAUGCUAAUCCCAUGCAGAACGCAGAGGCGGAGAUGAACAAAGAUGAGAAGAAAGGUUGGAAACAUGUAACGCUUAAGCACAGUAACAACGAGGCAGCACUAGUCUCCGAGAUCGAGAAUCUACUGAGAGAAGAAGAGAGAAAGAGACAUAGCAGUGAGUUAGUGGCUGUGACCGCAGAGAGUGACCAAAAACACAAGAAUGAUACAAUUGCCUCAAAGCUCAAGAAACAGUUCUCUGAGAUCAAAUCCCUUCCGUCUCCGUUACCUCCAGACGCAGCGAGGAAACAGAUGAGACUUCGGACAAACACUCUUGCCUUAGGAAGAAAGACUCUAGGAAUGGAAGGUGUGCCAAGACUUAAACAGCUUAAGUCUAUUCAGGUGCAUUUUGACGGAACCGGUACAAAUACGAUCAAUGAUGAUAAUCCGAAAAAGGUGAGUGGAGUGAGUAACAAGUUAGGUUUGAUAACUCCGCAAGAGUCUAGAACAGAGACGCUUGAAGAUGAGCUGAAAGAAGCAGCAGCUCUUGAAGCCGCUGUUUACUCUGUGGUCGCUGAGCAUAGUAGCUCCAUGAGCAAGGUUCAUGCUCCAGCUCGUCGUCUUGCUAGGUUUUAUCUUCAUGCUUGUAAAGGAAAUGGCGGCUCAGAUCAUUCUAAGCGAGCAUGUGCAGCUAGAGCCGCGGUUUCUGGUUUGAUAUUAGUUUCUAAAGCAUGUGGAAAUGAUAUCCCAAGGUUAACAUUUUGGCUAUCAAAUUCGAUUGUGCUUAGAGCAACUUUAAGCCGAGGUAUGGAGAAACUGAACCUGGUCUCUAUUAAACCCGGUUCAGACGAAUGGGAAGACCCUCGAGCUUUUCUUGCGGCUUUGGAGAAGUUGGAGUCUUGGAUAUUCUCUCGAGUUGUUAAAUCAGUAUGGUGGCAGAGUAUGACGCCAUAUAUGCAAUCUGCAGCAGUUAAAGGAUCAAUGUCGAGGAAAGUUUCGGGGAAAAGACGGUUAGGUCAUAAGAACCAUGGAAUCUAUGCUAUAGAGCUAUGGAAGAGUGCUUUUAAAGCUGCUUGUGAAAGACUUUGCCCACUAAGAGGUUCAAGACAAGAGUGUGGUUGUCUACCUAUGCUUGCUAAAUUGGUUAUGGAACAGUUAAUCAGUAGACUUGAUGUAGCAAUGUUCAACGCGAUACUUCGUGAGUCAGCAAGUGAAAUGCCGACAGAUCCUGUCUCUGAUCCGAUCAGCGACAUAAAUGUUCUUCCAAUUCCAGCAGGGAAAGCAAGUUUUGGGGCAGGCGCAGAACUAAAAAAUGCGAUAGGAACUUGGUCUAGAUGGCUUGAGGAUCAAUUCGAGCAAAAGGAAGGCAAAUCUGAUAGCAUUAAUAAGGAGAAGCCAGAAUGUGAAAAUUUCAGACAGUUCCAUUUACUUAACUCAUUAGGCGAUCUUAUGAUGCUUCCAUUCAAAAUGCUUGCAGACAAAUCAACCAGAAGAGAGGUUUGUCCAACCCUUGGUCCCCCAAUAAUAAAAAGAGUUCUACGAAACUUUGUCCCCGACGAAUUUAACCCGCACAGAAUCCCUAGAAGGCUAUUCGAUGUUCUAAACUCUGAGGGUUUGACCGAAGAAGAUAAUGGAUGCAUCAUAGUCUUCCCUUGUGCAGCAUCACCCACAGUAUACUUAAUGCCGUCUACAGAUUCCAUAAAACGCUUCAUAGGAGAGCUGAACAACCCAUCUUUAUCAGAAGUCGGGUCAUCGGUAUAUAAGAAACAAUACACGAGUGACGAUGAGCUGGAUGACUUAGAUACAUCCAUUAACUCCAUAAUCUCUGCUCCUGGAACAACCAGUUCAUCAGAGUGGAUGCCAAAAGGAUACGGACGCAAAAAGACCGUAAGAUAUCAGCUCCUUAGAGAAAUAUGGAAGGAAGAUGGAUUACAAUGACUCUUCUCUUUUUUUUUUUGUCUUGGCUAUAUAUGUUAUGAUGAAAACAAUUCUUAAGUUUCGUGGUGAAGAAACAAGUUGCUGUAAACUCUUUUCUUGAUAUCCUAAACGAUUAGCCUAAAGAAGCUAACCUUUUCAAUC